AUGUUCAAGGCUCUUGCUCUCGCUGCCGCAGUCGUCACUGCAGUCUCAGCCGCGGUCAUCCCUCGCGCAACCGUCCCGACCACCGUCGGCGCGGUUCAGACUGGUGGCUUUGCUACGUACUACUAUCAGUACGGUGGCUACGGCGCCUGCGGGAACAUCAACCCCGACAGCGCACUGAUCGUUGCCAUCCAGUCGGCGCGUUACGACGCUUCGCUGUGCGGACACACCGUGUCGAUCACCAACGUCAACAACGGUCUCACUGUCUCGGCCACAGUCGCGGACCAGUGCCCGGGAUGCGCAAACUCGGAGUCGCUUGACCUUUCGGUCGGCGCGUGGCAGGCUAUUGGGCAGACCGAGGCGGAUGGUGCUGAGGUGCCUAUCACUUGGACCCUCGUCAACUAA